GAGAUUUUCACUGUUUUUCGACGUCACCAGUGCUUUCCAUUACAUUGUUUAGAAACAAUAGCUACCACUAUGGAUUGUCGUUCGGUGCUACUUUUCUGCUUGGCUGUGUUUCUAGCAAUACUUCUUACAAGCGUGGAAGGACGAACAAAAAAAGUGGUCAUUCAUGUACCAUUUAAAGUGAAAAAAAUCAAGCACACGCACACCGUGUUUAAAACCAUUCAUCACCACCAUUCGCAUCAUGACCACCACGAUCAUCUCGAUACAAUACUACCAGCUGAGGAACACGAACAUUUUCACCACAUGCACCUCGACGAAGCGCCCAUCGUCCAGAACCAUCAAAUUCCCAAUAUUGGAAUAACGGGUAUGGGAAUCCCGGAUUUCUUGCCAGAUGCGCCUCUAGAUUUGCCUCUAAGUAUUCCAGAUUUGCCGCGAGAUAUCACGGGGAAACCAAAGCGACUCAACAUUCCUAAGUUCAUACGAGAAUAGGGUCAUGGAACUCCUUUAAUUUAUCUUUCAUAUUAAUUGCCAUGUAUAUGAAAACCCAACUUCUUGUGUUCAUGAUGUCGCCGAGUAGUUAUUUAAAAUACAACCAAAAAUGUGUACAAAACGAAGAGAAUAAUCUCAUUAUCUAGGUUAAGUAUUUAAUGCUGCGUUUCCACAGAAAUAGUUGGCAAUUUCUGUGUUUCCAACUGCUUGCGAUUCUUCCGAAAGACCGAAAUAAUAUUUAAAAAAAAAACAAUUGAAUUUUAAUAUUUCUUGUUGUCAAAUUAUGUAGUUGUAUAAAGCUAAUUAUAGAACCCGUAUCGACCACUGCGUGUUGGCAACAUAAAAAUUGCCAAUUUUAUUAUUGUGAAGACACAGCUAAUUGUUUUAAGGGAUUUCUUACUUUAUGCCAAAGAAUGCUUGCUUAUUAAUAAAUUAUUUCUACGCUUUUAUACUAAUUUAUCGAUGUUUUUUUUUAUUAUUAUUUAUAAGUUAAUUCUGUUA